CAGGUUGCCCAGAGAGAUAGGAAGUUUGGGCUGAAAGUGCAGAAGGCAGAAGCAACUGAUAUAAUACUGAGCUUGGCAAGAAGAAACCUUGGCCACCACCUCCAGCUCACCCACUGCCUCUGGGUCCUGCGGGUUUGUGCUUCUAAUGUUACCACAGGAACCACACUUGGCAUCAAUGGAGCCAUGGAGCUGAUUUUCAAAGUCAUCACCCCCUACAGCAAGAGACACGUCAGGACAGUCAGGGCAGCCAUUGAGGCUCUGGCAGCUUUGCUGAAAUCAAAGUCUAACAGCCGACGGGCAGUGAACAGAGGCUACCUGGGCGGAUUGCUGAGACUCUAUCAAGACUGGCAUCACAAUGAUGUCUCCAACAACUACAUUUAUAUUCGUAGGGGUCUCCUGCUCUGCCUAAAGCACAUUACCAACAUCCAGCUGGGCAGGGAGACCUUCCUUGGUUCCCGGGGUAUGGAGAUUCUCUUCACAAGUAUACAGAACUGUUUGUCUUGCAAAAAUCUGGAUCCUAUCAUAACCACUGUGACUCAGAUUCUGAGAAAGUGCCACCCCAAGGAGCCUUUACCUGUCGCGACAGUAAGAAGUUCCUAUUCCUUCCCUCUUCCUGGUAAUGCCAAGGCCCAACCUCCCUGUGAUGGAUCUGAAGGUGACUAUGAAAGUGAUGAAGAGGAAGAGGCUGAAAAAGAUCUGGAUAAUGAGGAUGUGGAGAGUAACGAGGAAGAUUAUGACUUGGAGACAGAUGUGAACAAACUGAGGUCAAGGCCAGUGCUUGACCGACCAGAGGAAGAGCUUGGACAAUAUGAAGCAAUGUGUCCAGAACUUUCCCAUAAUUUUCAGGAGCUUGAAUCAGAGUCUGAGGAAGAGAAGAGCUUAGAGGACAGGACUGAGAGUCUUCCCUCUACUUCCUCUCAUUUAAUUCCAAGUGCUACUUCCGUGAAACAUCCAAACUACAAACAGAGAAGCCAAAGUGUCACAGAGACAGGACCAGAUCCAGGGGAAAAAGAUUUCGAAGUCCCACUGCAGAGCUGGAUAAAGAAGGAGAAAUGCAGAUGGGAUCCAACUGAUGAAAAGAGAGACAUUGCAGAAGCAGCCCAAGGUGCAGACUCCUGUGAAGUGGAAGAUCCAGCCAGAAGUCAUGUGCUUGCUUUGCGCCCUCUCCCAAAAGACACUGCUUGGUACAAAAAAAUGUUUCACCCUGAAUAUGAGGCCUCAAUCAAUCCUAAUCCUGGAGGGAAGCUGGAGAGCUCAGACGUAGUGACAAAUCUUCUGGAGAAACACCAAGGGGAUAUCCCAUUCCACAGCCCUUGCUUCUACAUAGCUAGGGCCAAAUGUAUUAAGUCCAUACCAGACUACAAAGACUUGGCAUUCCCCGAUUUCUGGGGUCACCAGCCACCUCCUUACAGCAAGCCCAUGUUGGAGCGCAAGUAUGGGGUUCAAAGGGACAAAAUACUAGGUGAUGUUCGCCGUUUAGUCCAGCCAGAUGAUGUGAUAGGCAGAACUGUAUUUGAUUUAGACGAGCCCAGUCACUCAAGCCCAGGUGCUCCAGGCUGUCUGACAUUCUUCUCCAAGUUUGAAUCAGGAAACCUUCGCAAAGCCAUCCAAGUGCGUGAGUUUGAGUAUGACUUAAUUAUGAAUGCAGAUGUGAACAGCAACCAGCAUCAUCAGUGGUUCUACUUCGAAGUCUGUGACAUGAAAUUAGCAGUUCCCUAUCGCUUCAACAUUAUCAACUGUGAGAAGUUCAAUAGCCAAUUUAAUUACGGCAUGCAGCUGGUCAUGUAUUCAGUGAAGGAAGCUCUCCAGGGCAGACCUCACUGGCUUCGGGCAGGCUAUGAUAUCUGCUACUACAAAAACCACUACCGUUGCAGUGCAGCUGCAGGAGCAGGAGUGAGAGGAAAAUGCUACUACACGCUCACCUUUAGCAUCAAGUUCCCUCAUAAAGAUGAUGUCUGCUACCUGGCCUACCAUUACCCCUAUACCUACUCUACAAUGAUGUCUCAUCUUGAUAUCCUGGAACAAAACAGGAACCCCAAGAAGGUUUACUGGAGGCAGCAGACACUCUGCCAGACACUAGGAGGAAAUCUAUGCCCAUUGCUCACAAUCACUGCCAUGCCAGAAUCUAAAAAAAGAGACGACUUGGAGCAAUUCU